CCCACCCAACACCUUUAACUUUCUUCUAUAUAACUUCAUUGUAACUCAGCCUGUAACCUUCCCUCGAUCGAUCAUUUUGUGUUGCUUUUGUUUGCAUCACCAUCGCACCAAACUUUCAUUAUCAGACCCAACACCACAAUCUUCAUUCAUCACUUCGACUUCUUACUCAAUCCCAUAUAAAUAUAAUGUGAUUCUUUUGAGUUUUUCGUGAUUCAAUAUUAUUUUGGACCAAUUUCUGAUCUGGGUUUUCGAUUUUAGCUCAACUCCAGUUUUUCCAAUUCUGUGUUCUGCCAUGGAUAGAGAUUUCUUCCUUAAUGCCGGGUUGCAGUUUGAACCGUCGUCUCAAUCACCCUGGAAGCUGAUGACGUUGAUGCCGGAGAUGAAUUAUCCGGUGGAGCAAGCUUCUGCCGACGGGGUUUCCCGGCCAAAUUACUCGCAUUUCGAGUCUGCUUUAAGUUCAAUGGUCUCUUCCCCUGUUUCUAAUUCCACAGUAUCCAACGACAUUGUCGCCGUCCGUGAACUCAUCGGAAAAUUUCGUGAUGGUUCUCCGGCUGCUAUGACUCCACCGCUUCCGUACAGUAAUACUAAUACACCAUUAAAUCCAUCACCACCCAAAUUAAAUUUACCAAUUAUUGACCAUUUUAUGAAAGAAAACCUACCCAGAAUUCGGAAUUCAAUGCCAUUGAAUCCGAAUCUACCAUUGCUCACGGCGGAUCCUGGUUUUGCUGAGCGAGCAGCCAAGUUUUCUUGUUUCGGUAGUCGUAGUUUUAAUGGUAGAACUCAUCAAUUGGGGAUAAAUCCAAACUCCCCAGAGUUUCAAAUUGGAUCUAAUGGUUCUUCUCCGUUGACAAGUAACGCGAAAUUCCCUCGUGUUUCAAGUAGUCCGGCAUUGAAAAUCGACCCAUCUCCGGUGAGGUUGGAAGAUAACAGGAAUUCAGAAGAAAUCAACAUGAAACUUAGCAGAUUACCAGGCUCUGCUGCUAAUUCUAAUGAAGAAUCCUCUGUUUCUGAACAAAUUCCAAGUGGGGAACUUGGAUUCAAGAAUCAGAAAGAUUCGAAUACGAGAAAACGGAAAGGUGGUUCUUCCAAGGGAAUUGGAUCAACAGCAAAAAAGGAGGAAGAACCCAUUGACGAUUCAAAUUCAAAAAAAAUGAAGAAACCCGAGCAAGAAAACGGAGACACGAAGCCACAAGAGGCACCAAAGGAUUAUAUUCAUGUUAGAGCAAGAAGAGGGCAAGCUACAGAUAGCCAUAGCUUAGCAGAAAGAGUCAGAAGGGAGAAGAUAGGUGAAAGAAUGAAGCUUCUUCAGAAUCUUGUACCAAAUUGUGACAAGGUAACUGGAAAAGCGCUUAUGCUCGAUGAAAUAAUCAAUUACGUACAGUCAUUGCAGAGACAAGUCGAGUUUCUUUCAAUGAAGUUAGCUACGGUAAACCCGUGCCUUGAUUUUGACGGGGAGAAUCCACUCUCACAAAACGCUAAUCAAUCUAAUGUGAAUUUAUCUCAACCAACACACCACGUUCAAUCUUCUACAUCGACUUUUUAUCAACAAAACCAACAAGUACUCUUUAACGGGUCGGCCCCAGUUAUUCAAUCGGGUCACCAAUUAGCCGAACCUUUUCUUCAGUUCCCGGGAUUCGGUCAAGACGAUCUUCAAAGCAUUGUUCAAAUGGGUUUUGGUGAAAAUCUUGAUCUAGAUGCACCAUUUUUUCGAGAUCAACCAUCUAAUAUGAAGAUGGAGCUCUAAUUGCAACCUUAAAAGACUCUUGUAUAUACAAAAGAGAUCAAAUUGGUUCAUAUUAAAAAUAAUAUGAACCGUUAUUACGCUAAUCAAUCCAUUUUUAGGUCUAAUUGAAGCGAAAUUCUU